ACCUCCAUAUAUGAGCGAAAGGUACCAGUAACAGCUCUCUCUCACCACCAAACUCCAUGCACCUUCUCUCCGACGACAAUUCACUGUCCUCCCUACUCUCCCCCAUACAAUAUCACAAGGACAAUGCAUCUUCGCAGCGCCGGCCCUCUUCCCCACCCUCAACCCAGUCCCUCGGACGGCAGCGAUGAACCACCGGCCUCUAAACGUCGCAAAACCGGCCCGCAGCCCAAGUACCUCUGCUUCGCCUGCGACGUGGAGCGAGUUGGCAGUCAGUUUCCGGAUGUGAAUCCGAGUGGGGAGUGUGAGCAUCUGAUUAAUACGUGUAAGAAGUGCUUGAGGCAGUGGGUGCAGGUGGCGGUUGAGGGGGGUGGGUUUGUGAUGGGCGUGAGGGUAGGGAAAGUGGGGAAUGGAAAGGAGAAGGGAGAGGAAGAAGGUGAGGAAGGAUGGGAGGAAACAGGUGAGGAUGUUAAAGUCGAGGUCAGUGGGAGUGGAGAGGAUGGGAAGGUGAAGCGAGUGGGUGGAGAGGAGAGGAGUGGAUUAGUGUUCGGCAUCAAGUGUCCGCAUCCGGGCUGCGAGGCGGUGAUGCGCGGUGAGGACGUGGAGGUGGCGGGGACGCAGAAGGUCUUUGCUAGGUUCGAGGAGAUGGAACGCAAAUUCAUCGCCGAAAACACGCCGGGCUGGCGCUGGUGUUUGGGGACUCACUGCAAGGCUGGCCAGGUCCACGUCCCACCAGCGUCUGGGGAGUCUUCACCUGAACUCGUAGUGAACGAACACAAGACGCUCAUCUUCGCCUCGCUUGUGGACGCCCUUGGCCACGGCCCGCCACCCAACGGUCAGAACACCGACAUCUGCACAUGCCAUGUCUGCGGCACUCGUGCGUGUGUGAGUUGUGAUCGGCCAUGGCACGAAGGGGAGACGUGCGUGGCGUAUCAAGAAAGAGUCAAGGGGCGGUUUGAAGAGGAGGACCAAAGUUUCAGGGUAAUCCAAAAAGUGUCCAGACCGUGUCCCGGGUGUGGGAGGAGGGUGCAGAAGAAUGGGGGGUGUCGUUUCAUGCAUUGUACGCAAUGCAGGUAUGACUUUUGCUGGGAGUGCAUGAGUGUUGUGGAGGGGUAUGGGGGGAGUUGUAAGUGUGGGUGAUAUGGUCUUGGGGCUGAGUAGUGUUGAUGUCUCCAACAGAUGUUGUAACCAGCUCAGCUCUGGCAUCAACAAUGGUGUUGUUGAGGCGAGAUGGAUACGUAGGAGUAUCUGAGCAUCGCGAGUGUAUCAUCUC